CUUCCAAAGUACUGACCCGAACUACCUCCGGAUCCCUAUAGCGAUUCCUUCGAAUUCGGUUUAUUCUCUUGUCAACGCGUCUUCUUCAAGUCCUUUCAAUGUAGCAAUCACGUUAUCAACCGAAUAUCUAUAUCAGCUUCAGCUUUCGUCGAAUCGUCCACCCCUCAACUGUACCUUUUUUUUCCACACAAACUCGGAGUUUUUCCAUCGAUAUGACCUCCAGCUGCAGCAAGGCAACCCGUAGUCCAGGCAAGGGACAGUCAAACAAAAGAGGAAAAAAAGGGGUCGGGAUAUCGGGGAAUAGGAGAAAAAGAGGGGCAUCUCGAGUGUACACCACAUCUGGAUCAACAUUGGCUAUCAGUAACCGUCCAGAGCCUACUAGGGAGGCGGCGGGUGUUCAUGCAGAAGAUGUAGAGGAUGGGAUAGAUAGGAAUGGUGGGGAAGAAGGGCUCAACAAAAACGACAACGACAACCCGCUGGACGCGUCAAUCACCAAGUCUCCCAACGAAACUACCGUCAAUGCCAGUCAAACGCAUCUCGGUAACACUCUUCCUCAAAACACACCCCCCUUACACCUCCCUGUGGCUAGCGUCCAGCAAAACCGAGCACUGAUGCCGACGUCAGCUCUACCACAACGGCAAACGUCUUUGGCACCAUCAUCAUCCAGUCAGAUGCUUCCCUCUGCGGCUCCCCUUUCACAGGUACAACAUUCUGUCAUCCCGCAAUGUCCUCAAUACCAUCAUACCAUACCUCCUUCGGCAUCCUGGACCAAUCCCCGUCCCCCUGUCCAUACCCAGCUUCAACCUCAACAACAACCCCAGUUCUCACUUGAGCAAGUACAGACAUUUUUCGCAAUCCUGGCCGCAUUUGGGAUCUAUCUCCAGUUCCGGCCUCCUCCGAGUCAGGCUCAGGUUAUCGGUACUGGUGUCGCUCACUGGCACCUGCCGCCUGCCAGUCACGGUGGUCAGGGGGCUCACGCGGGAGGUAGUACAGUCACGACUCCUGCUCCUGCUCCUCAAAGCACAGUCUCUACACAUCCGGGCCUCUUUGUGGGUAGUGUCCCACAAGCCCCUGUUCAAGCACUGCCGACACCGGGUCUAGUAGUACCACCGUCGCAGACGUCUUUGGGAAGCCAAAGUUAUUACCAUUACCACCACCCGGCACCACCACCACCACCACUGCCAUCUACUAGUAUUCAGAUCCUUCCUUCCGUGGCCCCAAGUUCGGUAUUAUGGACCUAUCCCCCGGCACCUCCUCCUCCUCCUCUACAGAUCCAUUAUUCGGGCUUCCAAACCAUGUCCGAGUUACAUGUGCCAGUACCAGUGCCAGUGCCGGUGCCAGUGUAUCCGAGUCCUCAGCUUCAACGUCAACAACCCCAGUUCUCAGUUGAGCAACUUGAAGUACAGGCAUUUUUGGUAAUGCGGGCUGUGUUUGCCAGCGUGUUCCGACCUCUGCAGGUUCAGGUUCAGGUUCAGGUUCAGGCUCAGGCUCAGGCUCAGGCUACCAGUACCGGUGUCGCUCUCGCUCACCCGUCGCCUCAGGCUGGCCAACCUGGGGCGGCUAACCCGGGAGGUACAGCAUCCACACCACGGGGAUAAUUAUAAGCACUUGAGCUUAUUCUAUUCUCUCGUUGGGUUGUUUUCGUAUUCUUGACCGCUUUCUUGUGCUUGUGCUUGUGACGCCUGUGCAGCUUAUUUUACUUGUUGUUUGUUUUCUGUUUUUCUAAAAUAGAUUGCUACAUGUACGUAUCUGGGGAAGUGAUGAUACAGUCAAGAGUUAAGUAAGUAGAGAGGGGGCGUUCAAAAUUGCAACGAUUGUCGCAUCAUACUGUUCGUGA